GGUACCUCCUAGAUGGUAUAUCGUUCUAUCAACAGACAUCGACAUUGUCUACAUAGACCUUGUCGAACAUCGUGACAUUCAUCAUGAUGCGCCAUGUAUGGCGUUACAUCAGCUGCGGGAAUGCCCCGGAGUGCGUUCUUUCAGCGGCUAUGUACACCUGCCAGCUGGUGCCCUUCAAGAUCUAGGCCAAAAGUCCGACUAUCCUAUCAACACCUUCUUUUGGUUCUUCGAGUCGAGAAAGGACCCUAGCAAUGCGCCACUGUCAAUAUGGCUCAACGGAGGACCAGGUUCGAGCUCAAUGCUCGGACUACUAGCGGAGAACGGGCCAUGCUUCAUCAACCCGGACUCGAACAGCACCACUUUGAACGAGUGGUCGUGGAACAAUGAAGUCAAUAUGUUAUAUCUGGAUCAACCGGCACAAGCUGGCUUCUCCUACGACACUCUAACGAACAUAUCCCACAAUUUGGUGACCGACAGAGUAUUCUUGCUCAACGAUACCGAUCCUAUCCCGCCCCAGAAUGCUACUUUCCUCGUCGGGACCUAUGCCUCCCAAGACUCGAAUCGGACGUCGCUCGGAUCCGUUAAUGCGGCGCAGGCACUCUGGCACUUCGCCCAAGAGUGGUUUCAAGAGUUCCCAGAGCAUCGACCUCACGAUGGCCGAAUCUCUCUUGCUACCGAGAGUUACGGAGGAAGGUACGGCCCUGCAAUCUUUGCAUUCUUCCAGGAGAUGAAUGAGCGAAUCGAGAAGGGUGACUUCAACGUGGAGGGCGAACAGCACAUCCGUCACCUUGAUACCCUCAUGCUGAUCAGUGCCUGUCUUGACCAACUGGUGCAAGGGCCUUCCUACCCACAUAUUGCUUAUAACAAUACAUACGGAAUUGAAACUGUGAACCAAACCAUAUACGAGGGAAUGUUAGAUUCCUUGUACAAGGAGGGUGGCUGCAUCGACCAGAUCUACCAAUGCCGCAAUUUAUCUCUGACCUACGACCCUGAAAAUCUGGGACACAAUACCACAGUGAACGACAUCUGUGCAAAAUCAGACAGCUAUUGCUCCAAGAAUGUUCGCUCGCCUUACAAUCUCUACGCUGGUCGUAACUAUUACGACUUUGCUACACUCGACCCAGACCCAUUCGUCCCGAAAUUCUAUUACGGCUUCCUCAAUCAGCCACACGUCCAACAAGCUCUGGGUGUACCUCUGAACUUUUCUCACUCAUCUGCAGCUGUGAGUUUUGCUUUCCGAUCAAUCGGCGACUACAACAAACCCGGCUGGCUGGAAGACCUUGCGUAUCUGCUGGAGAAUGGCAUCAAAGUGACCAUGGCCUAUGGCGAUCGAGACUACGCCUGCAAUUGGCUCGGUGGAGAAGCGGUUUCCUUGGCCAUCAACUAUACCAACACGAGCAACUUCCAUGCCGCAGGAUACACCGCCAUCGAGACCAACAGCAGCUAUUGCGGGGGACAAGUGCGACAAUACGGCAACCUCAGCUUCAGUCGUGUGUACCAGGCCGGACAUGAGAUCCCCAGCUACCAACCCGAGACGAGUUACAAAAUCUUCAUGCGCGCACUGCACAACGUGGACAUUGCCACCGGUACCGUUCCUGUGACCUCGGAGGAUGGCUCGAUAUACAGCUCGGUGGGCAUCCCGGAUACCUGGGCCAUUAAGAACGAUCCGCCACAGCAGCCUCUCCCAUUCUGUUACGUUCUCAAUCCACGUAUGUGCAGCAAGGCACAAAUCGACUCCAUCUACAACGGGAGCGCGGUCAUCAGGAACUAUUUGAUCGUGGAUAACUACACCACAGCACUGUUUCCAGAUGUGGUGGGUAAUGGUGGUAUCAAUUGAGACUACGGAGGAGGAAGAGGAGGCUGCAGGACUUUAAUCGUGCUACCUAUCACAGCCAAGCCAAA